AUGUCUAAAGCUAUUGUCAGAACUACCUUUGAGGCGACUCAUACCCUCCGUCCAAUCUUCACUGGAGGCAGCACAGCUCUUGACGCUAGUGGCCGCAUUCUGCUGACCUGUGUGGGCGAAGAUGCCUUGAUCGUGGACCUAGAGACUGGCGACCAGCUCGCCAGCCUGGAAGGAGAUGGAGAAACUCUCACAAGCUUGGCGAUCACACCAUCCGCAUCGCAUGCAAUUCUUUGCUCGCGAUCAAUGUCUAUGCGUAUCUACGCCCUGUCGCCUUUCGACGAAGAAUCUAAAUCUAUUGACGCGAAACUUGUUCGGACCCUUAAACCUCACACAGCACCGGUCGUGACAACCGCCAUUGAUCGUACCAGUACACUUUUGGCAACUGGCGGAGCAGAUGGCUCUAUCAAGGUCUGGGAUAUUCGCGGAGGCUAUGUGACACACACCUUCAAUGAUCGAGGUGUGAUCUCUGCCCUCUGUUUUUUCGAGGUCCCUACCAUAGAAGAUGUCAAGUCUUCAAGCAAGAAGAAAGCAUCGGGCGAUGAUGAUGAUGAUAUGGCUGGUAUUUCAAACUCUACAUUCGGGUUCCGUUUGGCUUCUGGUAGUGAAGAAGGCAAAGUUCGAGUUUGGGAUUUACACAAGAGAAAGUCAAUUGCGGUACUCGACUCACACGUCUCCCUGGUCCGUGGCCUCUCAUUUUCUCCUUCCGAAAAUGCGCUUUUAUCUGCAAGCAGAGACAAGACAGUGAUUGUGUGGGAUGCCCGUACCUGGAAAUCUAGGAGGAUUAUCCCCGUGCUGGAGAGUGUGGAGGCUGCAUCGUUUAUUGAAGAUAGUGCAUUGUGUGUGCUGGGUGGAGAGAAUGGCAAACUACGUGUUUGGGAUUGUAAUCGUGGUAGCGAAAUCACCGAGGAUCAGGAGGCCGGCGAAGAGUUUGAAUCCAUUGUGGCCAUCCAAUACUCACCCGGUCUGCCUUUCGUGAUUACUGUCCAUGCAGACCAAAUAAUUCGCUUGCAUUCGCUGGAGGCUCUGUCAAAUUACAAGCCAGGGUCCAAAUUGCAGCCACUGACGAUCACCCGGCGCAUUUCUGGCAAUGACGACGAGAUUAUUGAUCUGGCCUUCGUUGGUCCUGAUCGUUCGAUGCUCGCCUUGGCUACAAACACCGAGAGUAUCCGCAUUGUCUCGAUUGCUCCAUCCGAUGACCGACCCUCGGUCGAGGGCGAAGAGUUUUUUGGCUCCGAUCAGGCACUUCUGGAAGGCCACGAAGAUAUCAUCAUCGCAAUGGAUGUUGACUGGUCUGGUCACUGGCUGGCAACAGCCGCGAAAGAUAAUGCCGCUCGACUUUGGCGCCUGGACCCCAAAACCUCUUCAUACACCUGCUUUGCAAUCUUUACCGGUCACGCCGAAACGUUGGGAGCGAUUGCUUUGCCCCGCGUUCCACCACCGGUUGACAGUGCCGCGUAUAAAGACCCAGUAAACCACCCACCAGCAUUCCUGGUUACAGGCUCUCAGGACCGAACCAUCAAACGAUGGGACACAGGCAAGCUCACUCCGCUUAAGGGCGACACUCCACACACUCCCAAGGCAUUCUACACCCGCAAAGCGCACGAAAAGGACAUUAACGCUCUCGACAUCGACUCCUCAUCUACUUACUUUGCCUCUGCCUCACAAGAUAAGACUGUCAAGAUUUGGUCUGUGGAAGAAGGAUCCGCAGUGGGAAUUCUUCGAGGCCACAAGCGAGGUGUAUGGUCUGUUAGAUUUGCGCCCCAGAAUACACCCAUCAUCAACUCAGAGGCUGGCACAAGCACAAGUCGCGGUUUGAUAGCCACUGCCAGUGGUGACAAGACCGUUAAACUAUGGUCUUUGUCUGACUACAGCUGUCUGCUGACCUUUGAAGGGCAUACAAAUAGUGUCCUGAAGACAGUCUGGCUUCCGCCAUCCCAGAUCUCCAAAGCAACUGGUGGCGAUGACGAAGAUGAAGAUGCUUCGGUUGUCAAGACAGCAGAACAAACGCGACCCCUUAUCGCCUCUGCCGCCGCCGAUGGAUUGGUCAAGAUCUGGAGCCCUUACACUGGUGAAAUCGAAGCCACUCUGGAUAAUCACGAGGAUCGUGUAUGGGCCCUUGCCAGUCCAACGCCCUCUGGCUCGCGCUCCGACGUCAAAGCCAUAGCUUCCAGACUCAACACAAAGCCCUACGCCCUCGCCUCCGGUUCUGCCGAUUCUACCGUGACAUUAUGGACAGAUACAACCUCUGCAACCUACAAGGCUGCCGUGAACGCCAACUCCGAGCGUGUUGAGCAAGACCAGCAACUACAGAAUUACAUCCGUGCCGGUGCCUAUCGCGAAGCCAUCACAUUGGCUCUGCAGCUCAACCACCCGGGACGGCUUCUCUCGCUCUUCACCACAGCUAUCGAUGCAGCUGAUGACCCGACUCUUUCGGAAGAGGACCGUGAAAAGGCAGCAGGCAGCCUGACUGGUAACCCGUCUAUUGAUGAGGUGCUGCAGUCACUCGAUGCAGCCAAUCUACGCACUCUUCUCCUCCGUAUCCGUGACUGGAACACCAACGCACGCACCUCGCGUGUCGCUCAACGCAUCCUAUUUGCCCUUUUCCGAUCAUACCCUGCCUCGACUUUUGUCGAACUGGCAACUCAGUCUGUGCGCGGCAAGAAUGGUCGUACUGCAGCUGGCUUGAAGGAUAUUCUCUCAGCGCUGGAGGCAUACACAGAGAGACAUUACAAACGUAUCGAGGAGCUCGCUGAUGACUCGUACUUAGUAGAAUGGGUUCUUGGAGAGAUGGACGGAGGUAUCGGUCUCGGCGGGCUGAGCCUUGAGGAGAAUGACGAGCAUGAAAAGGAUGUGAAGAUGCUGGAGGCAUAG